UGUAAACAGUGAGAUCUCCAUUUUGUGUGUUUUUCCUAGAGGUUAGCGCUUACUUUCCUUUUGGCUGUGAACGACACAGCUAAUUCCGUGAUUUUCGGAUGCAAUUUUAUACCCAACACAUUGGAGUGGCUUGGAUGAUCCGAUUUGAUGACUUGCUUAUUCGUGUCCUGCUACGAUUCGCAAGGAGAACGCAAUCAGAUGUUUUCAUGUUUCUAGCCCAUUUGCGAGCAAAAUAAUACCAAAACAAGAACAACAAUGUCAGACGAUGUAUGGAGUCACAUCCAGCUACCAAACACCUGAGGGGAUCGUAAGAUGGGUCAAGGAAGAGUGAAGAAGAGCAGGAGUAACAAAAACAACAGCAGAGUUAGGCGUCGUCUGAUUGAAAACCCCUCAGAGGGAACCCUUCUCACCUGCGCUCCCGGCAGUGCCAUGUCCGUUGCCUUGGCAACCACCAUCGCGCCUUGUUCCUUCCAUCCAGCCAACUGAUGCAACCAGGUGACGUGCCCAGCGAACUCAGUAACAGACCUCAGCCUCCGCCACCGCUCCGUGGGCCUCUACCUGGAAUACCCAGAGCCUCCCACCACAAAGGUUAGUACAAAGGACCAGAGAGCCCAGGCCCAGCAGACUACCACGUCCCUUGGAAUCUGAAUCUUCACCCUUGGGGAGACCUACUCCUGCCUGGAAAACAGCAUUGCUGACUUCCACCUCUCCACACCCAGCAUGGACUCCCUGAUCGGGGACUCAGACCCCAACCUGUUCCCCAUGUCCAUGAGGACGGAGACAGCCUUCUCCCGGGACCAGGACCCUAUGGAUAUGGAUCAGGAAGGGUACAUUGGAAAAGACCAGAAACUGUUCAGCGACAACACUCUGGAUCUCCUCCAGGACUUUGAGUUGACAGGCUCCCCCUCAGACUUUUACGUAGGGGAAGACGCCUUCCUCUCCUCCCUAGCUGAAGACUCUCUCCUGGGGGAUGAAAGCCAGGAUCGUGGGGUCUCCAACUCCACCUCCAAGCCAGCUGCUACUAUGACCAAUAGUGGUAGUUUUAGCGGUUCCAACACCACCACAUUGAAUGGUAGCAGUCUACUAGCAUGUCAGGAUGAAUCCAACUCCAGCACCUCUACGACGACCACCGCCACUUUUCCCAUGGUGAAGGAAGCUGGCUUCAUCCAGCUGUGUACUCCAGGGGUGAUCAAACAGGAGAAGACGUCGGCCAUGCCUAGCUACUCCUGCCAGAUGAGUGGUAGUACCGGCGGCUCCACUUCCUCCUCCCCCUCCGAGCUGUCCAGCGCCAGCCCCAGCCCCAUCUCCAUCGGUGGGGUGAGCACCUCUGGAGGACAGAGCUACCACUUUGGAGGCAACAGUAGCAUCAACACCCCCUUGGCUUCCACUACCAGUGGAGCUUCUCAGCAGAAGGAUCAGAAGCCCUCAGUGUUCAGCCUGUAUCCUCCGCUGGUGACGGUAGGAGAGGCCUGGAACAACAUUAGCUAUGGGGACGGAGCUUCUGGAAUGCAAGGUCUCUCCAGCCCUACCUCUUUCUCCAGCAGCUUUGCCAGUUCAACCUCCAGGCAGGGUGGUGGCGCUGCGUCGUGUACAACCCAGGGCAAGGCCGGGACCGCCCAUAAGAUCUGUCUGGUGUGUUCAGAUGAGGCGUCUGGCUGUCACUACGGGGUGCUCACCUGCGGAAGCUGCAAGGUGUUCUUCAAGAGAGCCGUGGAAGGUACAGGGGCAAGGGGGCAACACAACUACCUGUGUGCUGGGAGGAAUGACUGCAUCAUCGAUAAGAUCAGAAGGAAGAACUGUCCAGCCUGCCGCUUCCGCAAGUGUCUCAUGGCAGGGAUGAACCUGGAAGCUCGUAAAACCAAGAAGCUGAACCGUUUAAAGGGGGUGCAGCAGCCCACCACGGUCGAGCUGUCCCCCCGUCCGCUCCCAGAGGCCAGGUCGCUGGUCCCCAAGUCCAUGCCCCAGCUCACCCCCACCAUGCUGUCUCUACUAAAGGCCAUCGAGCCAGACACCAUCUACUCUGGCUACGACGGCACCCUUCCAGACACCUCCACACGCAUCAUGACCACCCUCAACAGGCUGGGGGGACGACAGGUUGUAUCAGCCGUGAAGUGGGCCAAGGCCCUGCCAGGGUUCCGGAACCUUCACCUGGACGACCAGAUGACUCUGCUGCAGUGUUCCUGGUUGUUCCUCAUGUCCUUCAGCCUGGGCUGGAGGUCCUACCAACAGUGUGACGGGAACAUGCUCUGCUUCGCUCCAGACCUCGUCAUCAACCAGGACCGUAUGAAGCUGCCCUACAUGGCAGACCAGUGUGAACAGAUGUUGAAGAUCUCCAGUGAGUUUGUCAGGCUGCAGGUGUCUCAUGACGAGUAUCUGUGUAUGAAGGUUCUGCUGCUGCUCAGCACCGUGCCAAAAGAUGGUCUGAAGAGUCAGGCAGUGUUUGAUGAGAUCAGGAUGUCCUACAUCAAGGAGUUGGGGAAGGCCAUCGUCAAGAGGGAGGAGAACUCCAGCCACAACUGGCAGCGCUUCUACCAGCUCACCAAGCUUCUUGACUCCAUGCACGAGAUGGUUGGUGGGCUGCUGGAUUUCUGCUUCUACACGUUCGUCAACAAGUCUCUGUCGGUGGAGUUUCCAGAGAUGUUAGCAGAGAUCAUCAGCAACCAGUUACCAAAAUUCAAAGCAGGGAGCGUCAAGCCCCUCCUCUUCCACCAGAAAUGACUGUGUGGUGCCACCGCCACUGGCCGUGUCCACCACCGAGACACAAUGCCUUAAAAUCCCCUCACCUUCCCCUGACCGAGGGAGACAGGGAGGAAGAGAGGCUGUUGGGGAGAAAUUAUACAAUGUUCAGGGGUUUGCUGAUUUUGUGGAUGAAACAAGCGCCAUCGUUGGAGGAAGGAGAGAUUUGUCUAGAGAAGACGAGACGGAGAGAGCUGAGGAUUUUUGUUUUGUUUAACAUCAAUGAUCUAUGAUCCGGUAUAUAAAAUAAAUGUUUUCAUAAGUUUAAGUAUAAUCAAGGAUUGAACUAAACUAACCCUUUGUGUUUUCUCAGGUGUAUGACCCGCAGAACUUAACAAUAUCUAGAUGAAAUAAGUAUCUAUGUACAGAUUAUUAUGAUGAUGAGGAUGUCUAAGUUUCUGCUGCCACAGUAUAUACAGUUUAUUAUACAGGUCAUUUCUUACCUCAGCAAAGGUAACACUAUAACUAUCUUGUACUGUUAUUCAACAGGUUAACCCACUGUGUAUUCCUCUACCUACUGUUGAUUUUAGGACGUGGUUGUAACAGAGUUGAUUAUCAAGUCACAUGACGUUUUGUUUUCUUCGUAACUGUCAUUUUCCAAAGCAUGUUGCAUAGCUUUUUUUAAGUCAGUCGUAACAUGAUGAAAUAGUUUUAUAUAAUGAAAGCAUACAGUACACAGUUCACAGAUCUAUCUUUGUCUACAUUAAGCUACGUGCUGGCUGCCAGGUUUACACACUCCGUCGAUCAGAAAAAGGGAAGAAAAAAAAUGUGCCUUUUUUAGCUUGAAGUCUGAUUUUAGCCAUUCUCUCUCUGACUGUCCGAGGAUAGGUAUUCUUUCACCAUCACGGUUGAUCCUCAGUGUAUGUGAUUGUUUUGUUUCUAUUACAUGCAGUCCGUUUUCCUUUUUACAAUGGCUGCCGUGUUAGUCUGUUGCUAUUGCAGCUCAGUUAUGGCUCCUCGGUGUAAACUAUAACAAUAAGAUCAGUAGAUUUAAAUAAUACUCCCAAUCUGCAUACAUUAUUCACCUGAUCUCUUGUACACGUCUCAUUUUUAAAUACUAUUUUAGUACAAUGACCUGUGAAAGUACAUAGUAAAGAACAUGGCUUUAACUCUAUUGGAUGUUUGUAAAAGGAAGCUAUUAAUUGUCACCUUUUGAACUUAUUUUUGUCAGCAAAAGUACUUUUGUCCAUCGGUGAACCUUCUUCCUGUUGCUUUUGUUUUAACUGUUGUUUUGCUGUUUGUUUUUUUGCCCAUUUGUCAUUAUUGGAAUGUUUCGGAGAGAGCGAUGCGUCAGCCAAUCAAAAAUGGAGAGUGCAGAUUCCAUUUUUUUAAAUUAUGUAUCGACAGCCCCAAAACCAGAAGAGCUGGUUGCUAUGGUUUCCCCUAAGAUUUGAUGGGAAAAUGGCUGUUCUUGAAUUGAGUUGUACAGUAGUUGUUGGUCUCUUAAGGAAGAUCUAAAUAGUAACAGUCCAAGUCAGAGGGCCCAGUGUUGACCCUCAAUACUCUAUAUGCUGCUUUCUGUAUGAACACACUGGUGUUUGAAUGGAUAGUAGAGGGGUGUGUGUGUGUGAAUGAAACAUGGAUAACUUGUCAUUAUUAAUCCUUAUAGCGCUUACAUUCUGGCAACACUGACAUAUCACUGACAUAUCAGACAAUUUGACCAUUUUAUGAGAUGAAAAGCAGCAAUACACAGGGGUUCUGGAGAACUGACUGAUUGACCCUGGUCUCGGACAACCUCCCACUGCUGCUCUCACAACAACCCCUUACCCACCUAGUCAUCUUGCUUACAACAUCUCAGCUCUUAUUGUUUCUCUCUCUCGCUCUGUGUGUGUGUGUGUGUGUGUGUGUGUGUGUGUGUGUGUUACUUAAAAGUUUUCCAGUAAAGCACUUAGUACUAACAUCCUUCUCUGUCAUCUUGUUUCUCACUCAAACUGUGAGCGUGUCCCAAAUGACUCCCUGUUCCCUUUGUAGUGUGUUACUUUUGACCAGGGCAAGGCUCUGGUCCAAAGUAGUGCACAAAAUAGGGAAUAAGGUGCUAUUUUGGACGUAGUCUGUAGCUUAGUGGAUGAGGAGGGGAAAAGACAUCAACCAGGAGACAUUCGGCCCAGCAACAGAGGACUGGGGUUUCCCAGUCCUCUAAGGGGAAAUAGUUUUCUUCUAAAAACAUGUUUUCAUUGUAAUGUAAUUGUAUGGUGUUGUCACAUUCCGUACAUUUGAGGGGGAUUUGAGAGAAUUGUUAACCCGAGACGUGAAGCCAUUUUGAAAAGGUGGGAUCUGUUCUAACUUUUUACCUAACCUGCAUUAAAAAAUGCAAUGCCAGUUAUUUGUUUGCUGUCAUUGGUCUAUUUACAUGUUGGAAAACUGGCAUCUCUUAUUUUGUGAUUUUCAUACACUAUGCCAAUAAGAAGCUACAUUAGUGGUUUUUAACAACAACUAGAUCAUACUCAGGUUGUUGUCAUUGGUUAAAAAUGUAUGUGGUCAUCUAUGUUCACUGAUGGAACUGUUUUUAAAACCAAAAACGUUCAGUUUUGAUUCCCAGGGUGUGUUUUUCUGACAUAAUGAAUUAACAGUCGGGUUAAAUAAAAGCUCACCUGGCCGUUCAGGUACGUUAGUUUCAUACAUACUGGACAUGCAAAAGUCGUCAUUUGAUUUUCUCACUACUUGAUUAGCCAUUGUUAACUUCCCAAUAUAUCCUAAAGGAAAACAUUUAUUUUUCUUUCAAUGGAUAAAAUUAGAAAAUGAAGUCUCCCUGCUUGUGGAUUUCCUAUGGGUUACUUUCACAUUCAGUGUGGCUAUAAAUCAUUCUCUGCUGUUGCCUUUCAUAUAACAGGUAUGAAACCACAAACUACUACCAAAAAUGUAUUGGUCUCUGUGGAAUUGUAUUAUGCAGUACAUUUUUUACAAGAAAAUCUGAAAAUAUGCAAUAGAAAUGACAAAUACCUGAGUUCCAUGUGUUGCUCUAAACAGAGAUUAUAGACAUGUACUGUCGUUUUCUUUUCCAAUAUAAGCUAUUUUAGACAGAAAAUGUUCACUUUAGUGAAUGAACUCUGCAGGACAGAUUUUCAGGAAAAGUUUCAAGUGUCAAUAUAUAUAACCAUUUAUUUAGACAACACAGUUCCAGUAUAUUAGAUUUUCUACCAGGUGGCCAAAGCAAAUCCAGACUCAAAGUUUCCCUGUAGUUUUAGUAGCUCUUGGAGUGACAGACGUACAGGACUUUGUCGUAUAACACAUUUUAUAUUUCCUUUUUUGUGUGGCUUUGGUCAAAUGUUGUGUACUAAUAUUAUGAAUAUAGUCAGUCAGUCAAAAAACUUCGCACAAACUGUUUGUGAAAGUAAUCAACCAGCUUGAACCUGACAAUUUGCACUACCCCAAAUAUUAUUUUGAAAUUCUAUUUUGUAUAAAACAGAUGUUAAAUUUGAAACGUAUUAUCAAGGGCAGAAAGAUGAUGAUGAUGAUGAUGAUGAUUCACAGGUAUAUGCUUUCCUUUGAAGAUGACUUGUUUAGCUUAUACACAAUUUUAAUUAUGUACAUAUAACCCAAUGUAAAGAAAAACAAUGUGUUGUAUUUCUCCCACAAAUAAUAGUUUUCUAUAUCCUCUGUAUUAUUGCUCAUCUGUAGUAGGUCAUGUUGAUGCUUUUCCUUCCAUUAAAUGUUGAACUACGUCUUCGUUGUUUGUGGUACCUAUUCAAAACAAGAAAUUGUAUGCAGAUUGAUCAUGUUAACUCACUUUAUCUGAACAAUGAAAAAAGUCACCUUGUCAGAUAUACUUUUAAUAAUCACAUUAUUACAAUAAUUAAGCAAUGGUUCAUUCAAUAAAGAGGCUUUUCCAUU